ACUCGCUCCGAAGAACUCUUCCGGUCGUGGCUGGGUCCCGAACUCUAACCAUCUUCGCCUCGGCCUCUAAGGUGAGCGCGGACACCCAAAAGCCCGCUGGUCGCCUCCGAGCUCGGCCGCCUCCGCCAUCGUCGCCAGGAGCCACUCGCUCCGAAGAGCCUCGCCGGUCGUGUUUGGGUCCCAAGCUUUGACCAUUUCUGCCUCGGCCUCUUCGACGAUCGCGUACGCUCAAAAUCCAGCCGGUCGCCUUCGAGCUUGGCCACCUCUGCCGUUGCCGUCAAGAGCCAUUCACUCCCAAGAACCCCGCCGAUCGCGGUUGGGUCCCGACCAUCUCUGCCUUGGUCUCUUCGGCGAGCGUGGACACCCAAAAGCCCGCUGCUUGCCUCCAAGCUCGAUCGCCUCCGCUGUCACCACCAGGUGCUACUCGGUCCGAAGAGCCCCGCCGGUCGUGGCUGCGUCCCAAGCUCUAACCUUGUCCGCGUGUGCCUCCUCGGUGAUUGCCGACGCCCAAAAGCUCACCGGGCGCGUCCAGCAAGGAUUGAGGAUUGGUUUUCAAAGCAUUGGGGAGGUGGAACCAACAGUUCUAUAAGAAGAAGCAGCAGCAGCAGCCGGCGUUGAUGCAGCGAGCCCUUCUCCAGCAGCAGUCGCUCUACCACCCAGGCCUCUUGGCUCCUCCUCAGGAAAGCAGUGGACAAUGAAUCCAAUCUCCCAUCACCUGAUGUGUGGGAACUCAAGUUACUUUAACAGUUGGUUGUCCAAAUUUAUUUUGGUGGACUCCAGAAUUUACUCUUAGAGCCUUAUCCUCCCGAUCAAGAAUCUGCAAAUGAAAAUCCUAUCCAAAUUAUGAUGCAUCACUGUAGAUGUCACUGGCACGCUCAUGGCCUACAAAGGGGAGCUUGGUGACUAUUACUGCAUGGCUGCCAAAUCAGUCGGUCUUCCAUGUCCCGACUAUAAGCACGUCCAUGAGGGCUUUAAACUUGCAUAUACAGAAAUGGCAAAAAAAUAUCCAUGCUUCGGAUAUACUGCCUAAAUGCCAAACAUUGCAUGGUGGAAAACUUGCGUGAGAAAUUCAUUUGUCCAGGCAGGUUAUGAGUAUGAUGAAGAGACAUUUGAGGAGAUAUUUAGAUGCAUAUAUGCAUCUUUCGGUUCAGCUGCACCUUACACCGUCUUUCCAGACUCCCAACCAUUCUAGAGAUGGGGAUUUGUCCUAUAAUCGGUUAACAGGGAAAAUUCCAUUCAACAUUGGUUUCCUGCAAGUGGUCACCUUGUCAUUGCAAGGUAAUCAGCUGUCAGAGCAAAUUCCAUCUGUGAUUGGUCUCAUGCAGGCCCUUGCAGUCUUAGAUCUGAGCUGUAACAUGUUAACUGGACCCAUUCCUCCUAUUUUGGGAAAUUUCACCUACAUGGAAAAACUGUACUUGCAUGGCAACAAACUGACCGGACAAAUCCCUCCAGAGCUUGGAAAUAUGUCAAAGCUUCAUUAUUUCCUCUGGGAUCUUCUCCAUGGUGAGUGAAGUUUCUUUUUAAUGACUUGGAUGUCCUGCUCAAGAGCCUCUUAGGUGAAUAUGUGUGUCAAAACUUUUUCCCAUCAUAUGUGAGAACUAGAUUGAGCGAGCGAGUGAAAAUCUGGAGUGGCUUUUAUUAGUACUCAUUUCACUCAUGCUAAAUUUUCUUCUGUUCAUGUAUAUUGAAAUCAUCUAAAAUAAACUGGUCCUAGUUUUUAAUUAUGUCAGGAUUCUUCCGACCAAAGAUCUUUACAAAUUAAUUAUUUCUGUAGGCCCUGCGAAGAAAAAGAAGUUUGACUGGGAUACUUGUCUCAAGAUAGCACUUGGUGCCGCUGAGGGGCUUUCAUAUCUUCACCAUCAUUGUAGUCCGCGUAUCAUCCACAGGGACGUGAAAUCGUCAAACAUUCUACUCGAUAAGGAAUUUGAGGCGCAUCUCACUGAUUUUGGGAUUGCAAAGAGCUUGUGCACAACGAAGACCCAUACUUCUACAUACAUGAUGGGGACCAUUGGCUGCAUAGACCCAGAAUAUGCCCGGACUUUUCGCCUCACAGAGAAGUCGAUGUCUACAGCUGUGGAAUUGUUUUACUGGAGUU